CAGCCGGGCUCAGUCUGGGAAAGGAAGCAGGCUGUCCAUUGCUGUUGCACAAUCCAAUUAGCUCUGAGUUGCACCGAUAAGAAACUGGACCAGAUCACACAGAGGCUUUUUUGUGACCAGUUGUGCAUCUGCGAGUUGGCUGGUAAACGAUUUCGAAGCAUCUUCAGCACAGGUUGUAAUCAAGGCUUUUCCCAGGGAUCCACGGGGGAAAACAAUACUGCUUUAAUCAGCGACGUAGAAGGCCGGGAUGGUGUUGACUGUGUCCUUGGUGCUGCUCGUCUUCAUCUGGACAGGAGUGGCUGAGAAAUUUGUCGUUCCGACAUGUGACCGGAACAUGUUUGACAGCAAUGUUGACAACUGCCUGUCAGACUUCAACAGGAGCUUGGAGACAAGCGGUUAUCAGGACAGCUGUCCGUGGCCAGCUGUGAAACGCAUCUACAACAAACUGAAGUACUGCGUGGACGACUGGGCGAAAGCGUCCUGGUGUAGCGGCCGCGGAUUCCUUGUUGACGAGGUCUUCUUGAAGGUCCACGAGACGUACUUUUCACUCUGUGGACAGGUCAUCGACCCCCCGCUCACCACCGUCAUCAUGCUGAUAGCGCCGGUCGUCAUGGCCACGCUCUUCCUGCCACUUCUGUGUAACAGUCUCACCACCUACAACAUAGAGAUGCCCGGCAGUCUGGGGCUCUGAUGAGCUGAGCCGACUGGAGACUGGUGGUUCUGACAGUGGGUCGUACUAACUUCACACUCACCAAUACGAAAUGUGUACUUCUUUAAAACAGCUCAAGAUGUUCACCCUGAUAAAAAUCUGCCUGAAGCCUCUAAAAACGAAGGCAGCGGUUGCAGAGUUGGCAUGAUUCUGGACACACGUGUACAAACAACCAGCGUCGGUCCGUGUUUGUAUGUGUGUGUCCAGAAUCGUGCACAAAUUUGAUUCAAUCUGUAAAUGUUCUUAAAAGUGUCUUGCUAAUGUUCAAUAUGUUCGUUUAAUUGUCAUACUUCUACAUGAUAUCAGUCUCACCUCCGGACUGGGUGAUAUUCUAUCAUUCGUCAUUUUUAUUCAUUCAUCAUCAUCAUUCAUUUUUCUCCCCCAAAUGUCAAAAUGUCCUCUAACCCUCAGUGUAAUGUGGUUCCAUAUAUCAGCAUGCAUCACACAUAUCAUACUGUCUGUAGACAGAAAUUCAUACUUGACUGUCUGAACGCUUUUGCUGUGAAUGUCUCAACUUUCUGGAACUCAUUAUUUUGUCAUAUGUUGAACCCCACCCAUCUGGCACCUAUAGUAAAGCCUUAACAGUGAUUUACUGUUUUCAGUCCAGCUUCAUUCCAGACGUAUGUGUUGAUCCUUGAAUCUGUAUUGUAUUUUUUUAAAAAAAGAAUGAUUCUGUUUGUAUUUGAAACACAUAAUAAAUAUUUAUUUCAGACAAAAAAAUAAUGUUUUACAGUCGUUUGAAAACCUCUUUACAAGCGAUAGCAAGGUGGACCCGCUGUACAAUUAUCCACACAGCAAAGUGUCAGUCUGUUAGUAACAUACUGCAUUUUCAUCACCUGUCAUCAGAUAACAUAGGAAGUAGUGGUGGACAGACCUCGUGAGGAGCUGGCCGUGUACCGUCGAAUCAAUGUAAAGCUCCAUUUCAGCAACGUGUUUGAAUGUAAUGCCCGUCUACAUCACGCCAGUACCACCAGUCUCGCUGUGAAUCGACACCCAGAAUCUGCAGUUCUACCCGCCCCACGUCGAACAGAGAGGAAGUAAACAAGACGGCGCUGAAGAGAGUCGAGCGCACAGCCGUCCAAACAAGGAGUUCAUGGUUUCUCUUGCCAAAGAAAAACUGUACAAUACAGACAGGACUCUUCAUGUGUUGCUCUGUUUCUGCCGGACGACUCACGCAUCAACUUUCACUUGGCCUCCUGUUUCUUUUCUGUGCCCCAGAGGUUAGAAAACAAUUGCUAAAUGCAGCUUUAACAGUCGUCUUAGAUAAAUACUUUAUGGAAAUCAUGGCUUUAAAUGAGCGAAAGCACGGACGUAAAACCAUUUAAGUCAGAGAGACUAUCUGCAAAAAGGAUUUAGUAUUUAACUUAAAAACAUAAGAUCGACAAAAUCUGAUGACAAAGACCAAAAGUUAUGGAAGCUGAUCCUGCGAAGGAGCUAAUCCUUUGGUAUGCAGUGCGAUUAAAAAGGAAAGUGAAAUGCGUUCCAGAAGCGUCCCCAAAAAAAAAAGCUCCUUUCCACUCCAGCUGCGGCUCUCGAGGGAACAUCGGGGUGAACAACCUUCCUUUAAAAUAGUCGAUCGAGUUUCACACGUAUCUGAUUUACAGCUAUAUAACGGUCGAACCCGACACACUGCUCCAUACGCUAGAAACCUCCGAGAUCGCCAGGCGUAAUGAUGUCGAAUUAAAAAGAGGUUCAACAAUAACAGAGCCGGGUCUCAGAUUUGGGUGGGUGGUCCGCACGGCUACCACGGUGGUACGAGGCGACGAAUUGUGGUGAACUCGACUCAUUGACAUGGCAGAAACUCUUUGAGGGUCAAAAAAACUAUUUUCCUUUUUUCAUCUCGCGUGUUUCGACAUCUAGCACCCAGACAGAAGAGUGGCAGCACCCGCACUUCAUAUUAUCUUAAAUAAUACCCACAAUUCUACUUUUCCUCUUAAUGUAAAUACUGGGAGGAUGUUUUGCUAAGUACAGUAUACGCUCGCCGGCUCCGUCUCGGCCGCACAUACUCAGACACGCCGGCUUCUUGUCAUAACACGAGCACGUGGACGUGUUGAACACUCCGACAGACUUGUGUUCUCAGACAACAGAGGAUGUUGACCCUGGUGACUCUUUUAACCGCUGCGGGUCACCCAGCACAGCAAAUACAGUUUUUUUACUGGGUUCAGAAGGCAGACGCCGACUACAGGGCCGAAUGUUAUCGGUCAAAAGUCACAUCAGAUGUUAAAAGAGCUGAUUUAUAAUAAGUUAGGGAAAGAUUAACACCUCCACAGUGAUUCAGAGCUUUAUGUGAAUGGAGUUUUAGGCCCCACGAUCACGUUUGUAUGGAAGUUUAUUAAUGACAAAACUAUUCAUGAAGCAGAAGUUUUAAUAAAGCCGAGGUCUUGAGAAUGUCAAGCUGUAAAGGUCACCAUUAAAGUCAUUAUAUUGGAUGAUACUCGGUUCGAAUGGCUGUUUUCAGCUGGAGUUUACAUGAAGGGAGUUUAAACUGACACACUCAGAGGAAGCCUGGCUGCUCGCUCACAGGACUGAAGCUUCUGUACAAAGAGGUCACGUCCUUCCGUACGUUUGUUUCAGGAAUUGUAAAAGAUUAUGCCAAUAUUUCUCUUGACUUGGUUCCUUUAAAUUUGACAGAUUUGAGGCCAAGAUUAAUACAUAUCUGAACAAAAAACAUGGAAGAGAGCAAAAAGAAAAACAGCUUCAAGACAAUUGUGUAGCGAUACGCUGACAAUUGUUAUUGUUUUAACCUGUUAAUCAUGAGCAGAGCCCACCUUGGCAACAUACAGGUGAAAUAUAUAGUUUGGUCUGUCUGAGGUAAUGUUCAAAUAAUCUGCUGUGGUUUGCUACAGAUUUUGAGCUGCUGCUGCAUCUUUCCUUGGAGAUAUUCACUCUACAAUUGUAGAUUUUCUAGGCGGGAAUACAACCUUUCAUUUAUGGUGUGCGCCAAAUUAAUUUACUCAGACACAGUGGCAUAUAUAUAUACUUAUUACAGGUAUAUCUUUAUAUUCUAACACAUCUGAAUGAAUGUUCAAAGUGUUCCUUUUACUGUGACACCUUGAUUAUUAAAAUAGACCUUGUAGAUAGACCCAAAAUGGAGGCAAGCUUUUCACAGGUUAAAUUAAUAAAUAAAGGCAAAUAUAUUUUUGCCAACAUUAACGUUCUCUCAGAAUUAUUGGGAAAAUGUUUUCACGACUGGGAAAUAAAUAGUAGAGAAGUAGAGAAAAUGUUGCCAAGUUGACUUUGUAUGACCAAAGUAAAUACCGGGUUGAUGUAAAGACUCUUUUACCAAAGUCUUACACUUUAUAGUCAUUUAAUUUUGUCCUUUGUCCUUUUGUGUAAACGCUCCAAAGUGAUAAAACGCAAAAACAGCUUCUUUUUGGCGUCCAUGUUGCUCCUGCAUUCUGACAUGCCACUACAACGACUUCCCAACUUGAGAAACGGAACCAUCUGAGGGGCACUUGAACGCAGCACGGCACAACAGUUUCCUGUCUCUCUUUAAGUGAUUUGUGGGGGUUGGAGGUUGGCAACACCUCAGCACAGCUAUAGUCUCACUCGUUUACAUCAGGAUGCAUCGUUCUUCUUGCGUACUUUAAGCAUCCUCACCCUUCGACUAUCUCUAAAUAGCUUUGUCGUUAAUCAAUCUCCAUAAGCUGGACGGCUCUGCUAAUUCUGACAAACAAUAUCGCGAGCCUGUAAACACAGGGCAGCCAAACAUUUACAUUCAAUAACGUCACGAAAACUCAUCAGUGCCUUUGCCCUCGGUUUGCCAUUCCUCUCCCUGAAACACAAACACUGAGGCUGAGGAGCUCCAGCCCACAUCCACUGCUAUAAAGCGCUAAUGUACAGCACGAUCAGUCACUCAUUAACUCGAGGAGCCACGGAAUUAAACGCAGACGCCAGCAGGUGUGUGCUUCACAUCAGACUGAGGCUUCGAGUGUGAAGGAAACAACGGAGGGUUCAUUUACAGGUAGAACUGCGCGUCACCUCGCUGGAGUAAAACACAUUCUUCUCUCAUCUUGACCUCUUUUGUCUCCAUUGUGCGACACACACACACACAAACAAAAAGCUGACUGUAAGCCAUAUAUUUUUUUACAUUGCAAGUGUGUUGGAUUGCCUUGACCGCUUUAUGUACACGAAAGAGACAACAAACUAAAGGCCGGGAAGCAAUAUUUACAGAUCGAAGGUCAGUUUCCCCUGAGACAGAAUUCUUUGCAUGGCUCGUAAAUGUGGGUCACAGUUACGUGAGAUGAGAAACACUAAUUCUUCUGGUUAGGAUACAAAAACUGCACGAUGCUGCCGACCAUUCAAAGUGUUUUAUAUGAACUUUGAAUGUCACAACCUCUGCUUCACUUUUUUUUUUUAGCACUUUUUAGUUGAGUAUAUGCCCACAGCAGAGAUCGUUAUCAUCCAGUAAAUACAAGAAAACAUUAGGAGUUUGUGUUUUAUUAUGUCAUAUUUAAUAGUUAUUUACAGAAACCUCAUCAGCUGCCACACAGUGUCUCUUUACUGAUUCCUGAAAACAUGGGAACACAUGUGAGGAUAGAAGGAAGAGGGACUCUUUAAAUGUCAGUGUAACAGUGUGCAUCUGGUCCAUCUGCCAGAAAGAAAUGUUGCAUGGUUUACAUCCCAACAAACCACGGAUAUGCUCAAAUUUAUACGAUUCACACAUAUCUUAUAAACAUACACUAUAUUACCAAAAGUAUUCGCUCACCCAUUCAAAUGAUCAGAAUCAGGUGUUCUAAUCACUUGGCCUGGCCCCAGGUGUAUAAAUUCAAGCACUCAGGCAUGCAGACUGUGAAA